AUUUUUUUACACAUUUAAUGGAGACCCGACAAAAACAAUACAAUAUCCUUAAACAACUUGAAAAACGGCUUUUUCCAGAUGUAUUUCGACCAUGCGGAAUGGCCGUUGACUAUCUCAUUAGACAAUCAUUAAAACGUUUACAAGUCCUACAAGAAACUCCUUUCACAGAUGUAACACAAACGGAAUUAAAAAAUAUUUUAGACCGGGUGAAUGACACUUUACGUUUAAGCACGGAAAAAUUCUAUUCCUAUCCAUUUUCUAAGGUUCCUUUUGCCUGGAAACAGCUCUAUGCCUAUGCAAGUAUUCUUAAGGCUAUAAUACAAACAGAAAUGCAUGAAGAAACUGCAGAAAUUAUUAAAACACUUGACAUGGCACUUAUUAUGACCAACGGAGCGGAUGUUAAAGCCUUUAUAAUGACACUAUUGGCUUUACAAGAACCCAAAAUAAAUGCAGAUCAUCAAAUACAAGAUUUUUAUGUAAGAAAAACAGAAAAACACAAAAAAAUACAAUUCCCUAUUCGUUACGCAGAAUGCCCUUCUUUAGAAGCAUUCCACAAAGAUAUGUUUAAUAUUAAGCAACCACUUAUCAUCAAAAAUAGUAUUAACCAUUGGCCAGCAUUGGCUCAAGACGGCUGGGCAAAAAUAAAAACAUUAUUAGACAAAACACAUCAAGGACUUCGUAUUGUACCAGUGGAGAUCGGGAAAAAUUAUACAAGUGAAGAUUGGGGACAACGGUUAAUGCCUUUCUAUGAAUUUUUGGAAAAAUAUAUAUUACAAAAAAAAAACUCAUCAAAUGAAAAAAACAAGGAAAAAGAAAUCGGAUAUCUUGCACAACAUGAUUUAUUCUCUCAAAUACCAGCAUUAAGGGAACAGAUUGUUAUUCCAGAUUAUUGUUUUUUGACACCUCCGCCAAUACCUUUUCAUCAGCAAGAAUACAUUAAAGAGAUGCCAACACUAGACGAACCUCUUUUAAAUGUAUGGUUUGGUGGGGAGGGUACUGUUAGUCCUUUACAUACAGAUCCAUAUCAUAAUAUUCUUUCUCAAGUUGUAGGAUGGAAAUAUGUAAGGUUAUAUGCACCUGAGGAAAGAGAAGCGUUAUAUCCCCGGUCUAUUGAAGGGGGCAUAGAUAUGAGUAAUACGAGUCAGGUCGAUCUUGAUAAUCCAGAUACAGAAAAAUUUCCCAAAUUUUUACAAGCAAAAUAUGUAGAAAGCAUUAUUGGUCCUGGUGACUGCCUUUAUAUUCCGGUAGGCUGGUGGCAUUAUGUAAGAAGUUUAAGCAUAAGUUUUAGCGUAAGUUUUUGGUGGAAUUAAUAUUCAUGAAU